GGUGAACAAGGGGACUUGCCUUGGCAUACAGUGCCCGAUACAGAUUAUAUUACAUGGCGUCCAAUGACACCACUCCAGUGGUCCCAUCAGCCAAUCAAUAUGGAUAUCGCCAUACCCGAAACGCAUGAAACUGGUUAUUGCAUGGUAUCAUUACAUUCAGGGGAACUGCCGUCUCUUAGGCCAGUCAUGGGAUUUCCAUUCUCUGCAGCAUAUUCAGGGACGUCGUGCAUGCAUUUACUAGUAUAGUACUCAUGGAUUGAAGAAUUGAACUGUACACCAGGCGAGUCGGAUUGUGAUAAACACAACGCCGCAAUGACUCUCCCCCCGAUGUCCAAGCUUCUGUCUCUUUCUUUCACCGUCUUGAAGUGGAUAAACCACUCAUCACCUGCAGGGCUAUUGAAAUGGUUAUGGAUGCUUUAUAGUGCAGUGGGGACUCUCGGUCUGGAUCGACCGGAUCCAGAGAAUCACCCACGGAUUCCACGCUGUUUCCAUUGGGUUUCUCUCUCGUCUUGGAUUUCGGAGAUUACCCCUCGAUACAAUAGAAUGACACAUAGUUGGUUAUGGGUGUCUAUUUUCAGUCCUUCCAUGGUUCGGGGGUAAGUACCCUGGAGUACCUGAUCGACUGUGUACUUG